AUGCCGCAACAUGUGAUGAAGUUGUAUGCUGCGUCUCAUGAUAGUGCCAACGAGGAUGACAGUGAAGGUGAUUCAACUUAUGUUGCCGGGUUUGGGUUCGGGUCCUCUAGCGAUACAGCUUCUGAAGAUGAGUAUGUGUCGGAGACUUCCACCGACGGUGUUGGUAGGUUCAGGAUCUGUAAAGCAGUUCUAAUGGCGAUGAAGAACUACAGUAUUCGACGGAAUGAAAAGUACAGAGUGUUGGAGUCAGAUAGGCUUAAAUACCACUGUAGUUGCAAGAAAUUUACCAACGGUUAUCCAUGCUGUCUUCGUGUGGCACUAUGCCAGAACUUGAAUUACUGGGAGAUGCAGAGAUUCGGUAGAGCACAUACUUGUCUAGCACCAACCAUGUCUCAGGACCAUGCUCAGUUGGAUGGUGGUGUUAUUUGCAAGGUCGUGUUAUCUAUGAUAAAGAUUGACCCGUCGGUGUCUAUCUCGGUGCUACAAAGUACGGUGCAUAAGAGUUACUGUUUCAAGUCCUCAUAUCGAAAGGAAUGUCUCCCUAGUACAAUUUACGCAUGGGUUGCUGUUCUUUAUUACAAUAGGGACAUGGUUGACGGAGAGUGGAGUCAGAUUGAUAAAGCUUUUUGGGCUUUUCCUCCAUGCAUUAAAGCGUUUAAGUAUUGCAAGCCUUUUGUAUCUGUGGACAGGAUACACUUGUAUGGAAAGUACGGGGCUGUGCUAUUAAUUGUUGUGGUUCAAGAUGGUAAUAACAAUAUUCUUCUCAUAGCUUUCGCACUAGUUGAGUCGGAGACAAUGGAGUCGUAG